AUGACUGAUGAUCUACCCUAUAGCCUUCUGAUCACCGCUGAGACGCAAGGCUCUGAAGGGUAUCAAUACUUCCAGCACACGGGCCAUUGCUACAAGCUCAUGGGAGCAGUGACAAGUUUAAAAGUGGCAAACGAACAUUGUGCAAAGGAAAAUGCAGCUCUAGUGUCCAUCCACGAUCGUGAGACAAACACGUUCGUUGCACAUUUGAGCAAAUCGCAUCAACUGAUCGGACUAUUCUAUCAGACGUCGGAAUACGUUUGGAGCGAUGGUACAGCAUUCAACUUCAGCAAUUGGCAUUUAGGUUACCCAGUGCCGCAGACUUAUUUUGGCAGCUGUGUGGAAACGCAACCGGAUGGACUUUGGUUUAAUAUAGUCUGUGACCAUUCGAAUCUUCCGUUCGUUUGUGAGAAGCGACCUGAGGAAACAACGACCACUAUAACUACGACGACAACAUUGUCGACCACACCAGCUCAGGGUGUCACCUGUCCAGACCCACACCACAACUAUCUGAACAGCGGAACGAUUAGUUCACCCGGAUUUCCGUUUUUUUUUGGCGGAAAAAAAUUUUCGUGUCGAUAUCAGCUACUGGUUCCGGUUGGUUCCAGGGUCUUAAUCACAUUUGAUGCCCUCUUGCUGGGCUCAUCUGAUUCAAUUCGUAUUUUCGAAGGUAUUAGAAAUGCGAGCUUGCUGUCCACCAUCGGAAGUGACUUGACUGGACACCGCGUAACCGUCGCAACGAACACCAAAAAUAUGAUGACCGUUUUGUACAAUUCUGGGUCAGAAGGGAUGAGUAUGUGGGCGGCAAAAUGGGGUCCUGCACCAGAAUCUUCAACUCGAGCAAUGCCAUCCCCCAAACCGAUAACGACACUGUUAUCCAAACCGACUACCCAGUCUACCACAAGCAAACCAUCCACAACAACUGAAACAAUGCCUUCCUCUGGUCCAAUAACGAUACCGUUAAUCACACCGACUACCCAGUCCACCACAAGCAAACUAUCCACAAUAACUGAAACAAUGCCUCCAUCUGAUCCGAUAGCGACACCGUUAAUCACACCGACUACCCAGUCCACCACAAGCAAACUAUCCACAAUAACUGAAACAAUGCCUUCCUCUGAUCCGAUAACGACACCGUUAAUCACACGGACUACCAAUUCUACCACGACCAAUCUAUCCACAGCAGAUCCAACAGCACCAUCCUUCAAACCGAUAGCGACACCGUUAACCACACCGAAUACCAAUUCUACCAUCACCGAUCUAUCCACAACAAAUGAAACAAUGCCUUCAUCUGGAUCGAUAACGACACCGUUAACCACACCGAAUACCAAUUCUACCAUCAUCAAUCUAUCCACAACAACUGAAACAAUGCCUUCAUCUGAACCGAUAACGACACCGUUAGCCACACCAACUACUACACCUAACACAUCUGUUCCAGUUACCACUCCGGCCAUGUUCCAGUGUCCAUCAUCAAUUAUAGAAUCCCCAUCAGGCUUUUUAUCAUCACCCGGAUAUCCUAAUGGCUACCCAAUAAACCUGGCUUGCUGGUAUACCAUAAAGACAAAAAGUGACAAACGUAUUUGGGUGGAGUUCCUUGACGUUGACACUUUACACUGCUGCGACCUGAUUCUGGUUUACAACGACGGAUUAACUAAUCAAGAGCCGACUACAAUACUGUCAGGAAAAGUAGGCCCCACUUCUGUCGUCUCAACGAGAAAUGAGCUCGCGAUACUAUUCACGAGUAGCGCGUUGCAUUCCAGAAACUUGGCUGGAUGGAGAGCCAGAUUCAAAGAAAUCCCAGGUUUUAAACAGCGUUUGCGAGUCGCAAUAUCCAACGCGAAUGAAUGCUCAUCGGGUUGGUACCAAAAUUCACAGCUAUCGAACAAAUGCCACAAAGUUUAUGAGCAAAGAAAGCGAUUCGACGAAGCAAUGUCGCACUGUCAACAAAACGACGCGAAAGUUUCUAGAUCUGAGAAUGCGCUGGACAAUUUCUAUGCUGCAGAGUUAAUGCGAAACGGUGAAGACACUCGUAAGCUGUUUUGGCUAGGACUAAGUUAUGUUGAAGACAAGUGGAAGUGGGCGGAUGGCAGGAUUCUAAAAUACAACAAUUGGGCCAACGGUGAGUCAUAA